AUGGGGAUCCCUCAUCUAACCAGGCAUCUGCUUCCAUAUGCUGAGAAUGUCUUGUUAGAUGGAAGGGAGAUCGAUUCAGAACUUCCGCGAGUUGAAGCCGUUGUGAUCGACGGGCCCAGUCUAGUUUAUCAUAUCUACCGUCGACUCUUGAGUUGGAUGGAUCCAAGCAGUGAUGUCCUUGACUACCAGCCAACCUGCGAUGAAAUCAGCCGUGGAGUGAGCAGCUUCCUUCUCCAACUGACCAGACUGGGGGUCAAAAUACAUAAGAUUUGCUUCGAUGGUGCCUUGCCCGUCUCCAAGCGAGAAAUUCGCUUUUCCAGGAUUGAAAAGUUACGACAUCGGCUGGAGUUGGCUCGCCGAAACCUGUCUUUGCCUGUAACGCCUAAAUGUCGCGAUGUGAUGCCGACUGAACGAGGGCAGGUUUGGUGCAGUCGAGGCUUGCCUCAGCGACGAAAAGGCCUUCCAGAGAAUCCUUUCAUGGUAUCCGCCGUCUUUGAAGACUUGCGGAACAGAUGGAAUAGGGAACAGAUCCGGAAAGAGGUUGACGAUGAUAUCUGCUGCCUCGCCGAUACUGACUACCCCUGGGCGGAAAUCACCGUCAUGGUACCAGGAGAAGCAGAUGUCGAGUGCGCUAGCGUGGCAAAACUUACUGGCUGUGCAGUGUUGACAGAUGAUUCGGAUCUCCUGCUACACGAUCUUGGCCAGCAUGGCGCGGUCUUAUUUCUAGACUCGGUUCAAACAUCCACGGGCGUAUGGGAUCCAGCUGAGCCUGAUAUUCGCGGACUGAGAAUCUGUCCCCAUUCACUCUCCGGUCGAUUGGGUAUCUCAAGCGUUCAGUGGUUUGCUUACGAAUUGCAAAGAAAUGUUCACAUGAGUUUUGCUGAACUUACCCGGAUAUCCAAGGAGAGCAGUCAGGCGACUGAGCUUUCCUCUGAAUAUCUGGAGUUUCUUCGAGAGUAUCAACACGAGACCACAGAUAAUGAGGUGGUACAUGGAGCAAGGCAGUCCUUACAACCGUUAGACCCGAGGGUGUCGGAGUUAUUUUGGCAGUAUGAGCUCCCUAGUAUCUACUGUUUGGGUGAACAGCCGCACGUCUAUCUCGGUAUUCUGAACGAAGACUCUUCCAGGCGAUGUGCCUGGGAACAAGGUCGAACAUACAGAUCCCUUGGCUACUCGCUUUUCAAUCUUUCCCGUCCCGUUACCAAUCGCUUCGCGGCUGUACAUGAAUUUGUCCGCAGAGGUGGAAGGAUUGUGGCCGAGGAAAUCACUUUAAGCGGAACAAAGACUGUGGCCUCCGACAUGGAUCUCGUCCGAAGACGUCUUGCCACAGCACAUGCUGCCUUUGACGAAGGUCUGUCAGCGGAGAGCUUCUGGUUUUUGUUUGCUCUUUCCGAUAUUUAUCGCGAUGGGGCCGGCACAACCACCAUUCCAAGUGGGAAGGAAUUGGAAAGCUUCCUUACAAAGGGAUAUAUGGCGCAAAGUACCAAAUGGACGGACAUUCACCUUCUUGCUCAGAUUCAAGCUGCACUCUACUCUUUACGGAUACUGAAGCAGCUUCUCGAUAUCGCAGCCUCCGGUGAUGACUUAAAUGAAUCCAGCUCACUACUCGCGGAUUUACCUCCACUGCACAUAAUGAUGUCGCGACAGAAAAUGAUUCAGAGCUUUGCCAACACCCGUCUUGUGAGGCAUGCGGUUCGUCAAAUGAUAGAAACAUAUGGUUAA